AACUAACUCUACAUGCAUAACUACUCAACAGUCCAACACCAAACUCCCCUUGAUCUUCUUUCUCCCUGUCCUUGAACUCUGUAUCAACAAGUUGUUGAUUACUUUAGUAAACAUGGUAAACUUUGUAGCUGCAUUAAAGCUUUUGAUUCAGUUUUUUAUGAAAAUGUUCGGAGUGCAAACUCACCUGGUAGAGAUCAUGCCUGGUACUGUCAUGAACUUUUGGGUACCUUCCGAAACCCUCAAGAAUCCCAGUAUUGAUAAAACCAUUCCAACUAAACCAAACAAACCGGUAGUAGUCCUCGUCCAUGGAUUUGCAGGUGAUGGUAUAAUUACUUGGAUGUUGCAAGUUCGUUCUCUCACGAAGCAAUACUCCGUUUACAUACCAGACCUUUUAUUUUUCGGUGACUCAUUCACCGAUAGCUCGGACAGGUCACCUGAUUUCCAAGCCGAGUGUUUGAUGAAGGGACUAAAGAAAUUAGGAGUGGACAGAUGCACUAUAGUGGGGUUUAGUUAUGGAGGCAUUGUCGCGUUUAAGAUGGCCGAAUUGUAUCCUGAAUUUGUUCAAGCGUUGGUCGUUUUGAGCUCCGUCGUGGCUCUGACUGAUUCUAUUAAUGAGGCCAUUUGUCAGAGGCUAGGGGUUGGUUCGUUCUCAGAUAUGUUGUUGCCAACUUCUGCAGAUGGAGUCAAGGCGCUCUUCUCGUUUGGAGCUUAUCAUAAGCUUUGGUUGCCUGAUAGAAUUUACAGGGAUUAUCUGGUCAUGAUUAACAACAGAAAGGAAAGGCGUGAAUUGCUCGAUGGCAUGAUUGUGAGCGACGAAGAUGGCACUAUCCCAAUUUUCAAACAGAAAAUACAUCUUAUAUGGGGCGAAGAAGAUCAAAUUUUUAAGUUUGAGCUUGCCAAGAACACGAAAGAGCAACUGGGCGACUUGGCAACGUAUGAGGGCAUAAAGAGAGCAGGCCACCUGGUUCACUUAGAAAAACCCUUUAUCUUCAACAAGCGUCUCAUCCGGUUUCUUAAUUCCUUGCAAGAAACUGAUCAGGCACAGUGUGCGAAAAUCAAAGCAUGAUACGAGACAACGGGGAUAAACCUUUAUCACUGUGCUAUCCGAUCACGCUGGUAGGGAAACCAAUUGUUUCUUGAUAAUUUGGCUUCACAAAACUGCCAGUACUAGUUUUGAUAGCACAUUGAUGGCAACUGAGGUUACGUUGAAAUUUGAGAAAGAUUACUUGAACUCCAGUUAAAAGACUUAGCAGUACUAUUACUGGACUUUUAUUCUUCAUGCAAGGCCUUUAAUAUUUACAAGUUUCAUAUGUUGGUUUAUGUUAUGUUGAGGCCCAGGCCUUUUAUAGCUGCAAAAUGAUCAAAUAUGGGUAUCUCUUUAUUGAUAAA